AUCGCUCGGGUAGGUUUCCAGGGCAGGCGGCGGGCAGGAUCCCCGACUCCGCGGGCGGCGCGAGGCGUCUGGCUCUCCGCGGCGGCUGCGAGGGGAGAAGGCGCGCGGGGGCUGGGUGGAAUCGAGGCGUGAGGAAAAAGGGAAGGGGCGGGGGAGAGGGACCAGGGAAGGCGUCGGGGGGAGUCUCGCGAGGGUUGGAGUUUUGGCGAGAGUUUGUGGAAGAUGGCGCCUGUUGUGACAGGUCAUUGAAAUUAUGAGACUAUCAUUCAGAUGGAAGCAUUGUAGUUCUUCGGAACCAUUAUGAUCUCAAAACGAAAGGAGCAUGAUACAGAUACACUGGCUGAGGUGUUUUGAGGUGCAUCGAAGUGUUCCAAGCUGUGACUUACCUUAACAUGUUCUUGAAGUACCAUGGCGUGGAUUAAAAGGAAAUUUGGUGAGCGGCCUCCACCUAAACGACUCACUAGGGAAGCUAUGCGAAAUUAUUUAAAAGAGCGAGGGGAUCAAACAGUACUUAUUCUUCAUGCAAAAGUUGCACAGAAGUCAUAUGGAAAUGAAAAAAGGUUUUUUUGCCCUCCUCCUUGUGUGUAUCUUAUGGGCAGUGGAUGGAAGAAAAAAAAAGAACAAAUGGAACGUGAUGGUUGUUCUGAACAAGAAUCUCAACCAUGUGCAUUUAUUGGCAUAGGAAAUAGUGACCAAGAAAUGCAGCAGCUAAACUUAGAAGGCAAGAACUAUUGCACGGCCAAAACGUUGUAUAUAUCUGAUUCAGACAAGAGAAAGCACUUCAUGUUGUCUGUAAAGAUGUUCUAUGGCAACAGUGAUGACAUUGGUGUGUUCCUCAGCAAGCGGAUAAAAGUCAUCUCCAAACCUUCCAAAAAGAAGCAGUCAUUGAAAAAUGCUGACUUAUGCAUUGCCUCAGGAACAAAGGUGGCUCUGUUUAAUCGACUUCGAUCCCAGACAGUUAGUACCAGAUACUUACAUGUAGAAGGAGGUAAUUUUCAUGCCAGUUCACAGCAGUGGGGAGCAUUUUACAUUCAUCUCUUGGACGAUGAUGAAUCAGAAGGAGAAGAAUUCACAGUCCGAGAUGGCUACAUUCAUUACGGACAGACGGUUAAACUUGUGUGUUCAGUCACUGGCAUGGCACUCCCAAGAUUGAUAAUAAGGAAAGUUGAUAAGCAGACGGCAUUACUGGAUGCAGAUGAUCCUGUGUCACAACUCCAUAAAUGUGCAUUUUACCUUAAGGAUACAGAAAGAAUGUACUUGUGCCUUUCUCAAGAAAGAAUAAUUCAAUUUCAGGCCACUCCAUGCCCGAAAGAGCCAAAUAAAGAGAUGAUCAAUGAUGGAGCUUCCUGGACAAUCAUUAGCACAGACAAGGCAGAGUAUACAUUCUAUGAGGGAAUGGGCCCUGUCCUCGCCCCAGUCACCCCCGUGCCUGUUGUGGAAAGUCUUCAGUUGAAUGGCGGUGGGGACGUAGCAAUGCUUGAACUUACAGGACAGAAUUUCACUCCAAAUUUACGAGUUUGGUUUGGGGAUGUAGAAGCUGAAACUAUGUACAGAUGUGGAGAGAGUAUGCUCUGUGUCGUCCCAGACAUUUCUGCAUUCCGAGAAGGUUGGCGAUGGGUCCGGCAGCCAGUCCAGGUUCCAGUAACUUUGGUCCGAAACGAUGGAAUCAUUUAUUCCACCAGCCUUACCUUUACCUACACACCAGAACCAGGGCCGCGGCCACACUGCAGUGCAGCAGGAGCAAUCCUCCGAGCCAAUUCAAGCCAAGUGCCCCCUAAUGAAUCGAACACAAACAGCGAGGGAAGUUACACAAACGCCAGCACAAAUUCAACCACUGUCACAUCAUCCACAGCAACAGUGGUGUCCUAACUACCGUCUUUUUGCUAGGACUUAAACUGACUUGAGUGCAGCAGAAAGUUGACAAAAAGAAAAAAAAAGAACAAUCUUUUGUGGUUUCUUGGGAAAACUUUUCAUACCAGGUGAUACUAUUCAAAAACCCCAUACCUGCAAGUGCUGAUUUGAAAUGCAGAAGCCACAGUAAAACAAACAAAAAACAUCAAAAUGUAUAAGCAAUUGGAAGUCAAGUUUUUCAGCUGUUUUUUGGUUGGUUAGUUGGUUGUUUUCUGUUUGGUUUUGUUUAAAUGGGCAAGAAGUAAAUAACGUGGCUGGAAUAAAAGUUGAGCAAGCUAGAAGACACAAAUCUCACGUAGUGUUUAUGGACCAAGGGACUUGUCUAAGCUUUAGUAAAAGGUACAUCUUCACCAGACCUUUUUUUAUAUCACGGUAUAUAGCACACCUUGUUACCAAAUAGGUUGUUCUCUUCCCCAUCCACCUUUGAGCUUUUGCUCAGAAUUACAUUCAGCCUGACCAUGCUUGUUUAAUCUAAUUACCAUAUCCUUCCAGGUUUUUUGGUCUAAGGCUGGACCUUUUUUUAAGCUGAAGUCUUAAUGACUUUUCAUGAGUCGAAAUUGUUUUGAUUUCAGCAAGUCAAAUCUUGUAAAGGCCUGCAUAUUUUUUUUAAGAUUAUAUGAAGUCUGUGCAAAAGCUUUAAAAAAAAAAUGCCUCUGCCUUGCCUGCAAUACAUGCAAUGUACAUUAACUUAGUCUCUAUUCUCAGACACUGUUGGUAGUUAUUUCUGUGUUUUUCUUUUCUUUUUUUUAAAAUGUAUUUAUAGUGGUUAUCCAAGAGGUUCUAACAUUUACAUGGAAUUUAGUGUGGCCAUUUCAUAAUUAAUGAGUUAAUGGCGCAGAACAUGUUGGUGUUUGAAGUGUUUUCUCCCUUUUUCCCAGACGUAAAUACAUCUGUGUGUUCCAAGGUUUGUUCAGGUUUUCCCCUCUCCUAAUCUUGUACAUAACUUGUAUUAUGUGUAAGUUAAACAUUUUAUUUUGAACUUGGAAUGUUCCCAGUGAGUUCAUUCAGCAAGGUGUUUUCUGCCUUGUUGGCAAAUGACAAAACGUAUCGUUGGAAGCAUUUGCUACCUGUAUGGUAGAUAGUACCCUUGCAAUGGAAUGGGGAAAAUCUCAGCAAAAGCAUGUUUUAUUAUUUUUCCUUUUAUUGGUAGCCUAGGCCAGAACACCAUAGAUGCUUUUAUUAGAUGAUCAACUAAAAUAGCUGGAAGACAUUACUUAAGAAGCAGAUAGUUGUAAGAUGAUAAAAAUGCAAAUGUAACUUAUGUUUUCAUUUCUUUCUCUGCCUUUUUUGGUUUUCUCUUCCCCAGUACUGAGUGUCUCCACAAAUGUCUUCUACUCAGAAAAUGUUUCUUUUCCGAAAGUUGAGAUGUGGUUGCAUUCAGGGUUGUAUGUUGGCCUCGCAGCCUGACCUCACCAGUUUUACCUUUCAUUCCUGCACUUUGGUUAUGCCUUUGUAUGGUUUCUUGGAAAUUGCAGCGAACUCAUUGGGCUACAUUUAGUAUAGGAACCACAUGUGUAGUGUUACAUGAUACAGUCUAGUCAUACAAUCAUCCUUCUUCAAGUAAAAACUACCUCUAGAUUGUGGUAAGCUUUUACUGUCCCAUAGAACAGGAGCCACAGUACCUUAGGAAUGCAAAACUGUAACUUCCUACAGUGUUUCCAUAUAGAACAUUGUCUUUCUGGUGUCCUGGGCUGUUAUGGAAAAGUUUCCAUCAGUAGACUUUAGAAAUUAUUAGUAGUAGCAUUUUUUUCCAGCUUUGCUGUCUUCAUCACUCACUCUUUUGCUCAGACUAUGCCACUGUAAAUAUUCUUCCUAACAUCUUUAAAUCGCCUUUUCCUCAGUUUUCAAGGGGAAAGUCAUUUGUAAAGCACGUUAGGUGGUGAAAUCAAAGUUCUUGCGGUUUUCUCUCACUGCAAACCUCUUGAAUCACCCCCAGGCUGCAUUUUACUCUAUAGAGCCUUUUUCUUCAACUCUGUUCCAGUUACUCACUUCUCUCUUAUAAGCUAAUCCUGCCUCACACCUGAAACCUGUUCAGCAAUCAAGGGCAGAACUCAUUGUGGCCUUAUCUUUCUUUGUUGUAACCGUUCCCUGUCUCUUACUUGCAAAUUGCUGAUUUCUGGGUAGUAUUUAUUCUCUCUGUUGAGUCAUGGCAGGAGUCAUUACACAGUGCUUUUGUUCAGAAUGUGGAAAUGUUUUUAGUGCUGCUUUACUUUUAACGGCCACAAGUUUCCUCCACUUCCUAGGUUUGGUAUUUAGUUUAAAAAUCAUAUUAAAUUAACUGAUAACAAAUGAGAUGUUUUUGAAGAAGAAACUUCCUUACCCAGCUUUGUAGCUCAAAAUAAUUUUUCAAGCUUAUGACUUUAUUAAAAUGAACUUUUGCUUUUUAAAUGUUUAUAUCUUAUUUUGGUUGUUUCUUUUAAUAUGGUAAUUGAAAUAUUAGAAAUAAACCCUUUUUUUGGCUUUCUUUAAGCCCAAGAAUGUACUUAAUACAGGCAUUUUAUUCACUUAUCUUAUACCAUUCUCAUACCACAGACUAAAGAGCAAAAUGACUUGUCUUUUGUAGUUUAUUGUUUCUCAGUUUUUUUUUUUUUGGUCAGCUGCUUAAAAUUUUUUUUCAUGGACUUGUGAAUCGUUUUGAGUAUAUAAUGUAUAGGAACCUUGCCCUCCACUUAUAGUAAUGUCCCUCCCCCAAUGAUGGCAUUAUUAGAGAUGCUGGUCACUCACCCCUCAUAACGACUCUUCUUAAAUUGUUUGAUUUUUUUAAAAAUUCUGUCUUAGAAGUGUUAGGCUCUCAUGCUUCUGUGCAGUUUCUAAAAAUAUGCACAGAAGCUGAGCCUCCAGUGUUUUUAUUAGUUCCAUUGAAUGUAUCACAUAGAUUGGGAAGGUAUGCUAAAGGUUUAACAUGUAAAAUGCCCUCUGUAUUUUGAAUGAUUUUAGAGUUGAACACCAGUAUAGUAUUUAACCUGCUGCCGACUUUUCUUAAUUUGUGGCAACUAAAGGCAUCCUCAUACGUGAAUUAUUUAGUGAAAUAUUUGUCACUCUUACUGCACAGACUUAUUUGUAAUCAUAACUGGUUGGUUUCUGUGUUUUUGUUUUUACUGAGACUGGUACCAUCACCAUGCUCUUACAGAACAUUUCCAAUGUUACUCUAACUAGUCAUGUUAACCAGAGAAUCCAUGGGGGGAGGGAGUGGCUUUUUGAAACUAAAUGCUGUUCAUUUAUUAACCAAGUUACUUUUAUUUCAAAAGCAGCUGUAUUUCUGAUGAGUACUGAACAAAUGUGUGUAAUUUUCUGUGCCAGACUUUUGACUUUGUUUUCAAGCACUGUAAUGUGGGAUGGAUGGUUAGAAACAAUAAUAUAUUAGGGUUUCUAUUUAACCCUUUCAGGACUGAACUGUAUCUCCUUUUGUUAAUUUGUGUUGUGAUAAAUGUUUGCCAGCAUUCAGUACUGUGUUGGUCCAGGUGUAGGUUUAUAUGCUCAUUUUUAGCUUAUUUCUUGUACCUUGCAGCAUGCUCUACGCAUUCAGUCCUUAAGGGGUUUAUUUUACAAACUGUGCGCCUGUAAGGUUUAUUAGCAAUAAGAUAGAAAAUUGAGCAAGUUUAUACCAUAAUUUUGUAGAAAAAAAAGAAUCUGCUCAGUUCCAUAUUUCAUCCAUGAAAAACUUGCAAUACGGGCAGUUUCAAGGAAUAAAUAAAAAGGAAGUGUAAACCAUUGUAAAAGUCUUCUGUUGGAUGUGCCUGAUGCAUGUAUUAUCGUCUUUGAUUUCAGAAUACUUCAUAAAGAUAAAAU